ACAUCAAACCGAACCAAACUAUAAAAGUCGUUAGCGGCCAACUUUUGAUCAUCAUUAACUUGUUUGCUUCUCAUCUAACCACAAAUCUUAAAAUUUAGUUUUUAAUUUAAGUAUAAAACAAACGAAACUAAGCUUUGUGUGAAAUGAAACUUUUGAGCACAGCACUUGUACUGGCGCUGGCCCUUUUGGUCACAGUGGCCGCUGAGGACGAAAAGAAAACCGUCGAAGACAAGGCCGUCGAAGAUUCAAAGCCAGCUGAAUCAGCAAACUUAGAGGAGAAGAAACAAGACAAACGUGGUCUUCAUGGAUUUGGUGAUUUCCAUGGUGGAUUCGAUGGUGGAUAUGGUGGAGACUUUGGGGGCGGCCAUGGUGGAGAUUUCGGAGGUAGCUACGGUGGUGGCUACGGUGGUCAUGGACACGAAGAAAAGACUUUGACUGUCAUCAAGAAAGUUCCAGUUCCAUACCCAGUUGAAAAGCACAUCCCAGUUCCAGUUGAAAAGAACAUUCCAGUUCCAAUUAAAGUGAAAGUGCCAAAACCAUACCCAGUUGUAAAACACGUUCCAUAUCCAGUCAAGGAAAUCGUCAAAGUACCUGUUCAUAUUCCUGCCCCUUACCCAGUAGAAAAGAAGGUUCACGUACCAGUCCAUGUACCAGUUGACCGACCAGUCCCUGUCAAAGUCUACGUUCCACAACCCUACCCAGUCGAAAAGAAGGUUCCAUAUGAAGUUAAGGUUCCAAUCCCAGCUCCAUACCCAGUUGAAAAGAAGAUCCAUGUUCCUGUUAAGGUACCAGUCCAUGUUGACAAACCAUACCCAGUUGAGAAGGUAGUCCACGUACCAGUCAAAGUACCAGUCGAUCGUCCAGUGCCAGUACAUGUACCAAAACCAGUACCAUACCAUGUUGAAAAGCCAGUCCCAUACCACGUCAUCAAGAAGGUCCCAGUCCCAGUACAUGUACACGUUGAUCGUCCAGUCCCAGUUCAUGUCGACAAACCAGUGCCAGUUCCAGUUAAGGUCCCAGUUCCAGCUCCAUACCCAGUCACCAAGGAAGUUCCAAUUAAAGUAGAAAAACACGUCCCAUACCCAGUUAAGGUUGCUGUUCCCCGUCCAGUCCCAGUCCAUAUUGAAAAACAUGUUCCAGAAUACCACUCCAGAACUAUUGGAUACAAAGUUCCUGAAUUCCAUCAUGUUGAACAUGAUUUAGGUGGUGGUUCCGGAGGAUUGGGCGGUGGUGACUACGGCGGUCAUGGAGGUGAUGGCGGAUAUGGUGGAGAUUUUGGCGGGCAUGGUGGAGAUUUUGGUGGACAUGGUGGUGAUGAAUAUGAUUUCAGCGAACACGGACAUUAAAAAGGUAAAGGAAAACUGCUUGCUGGGACAAAGAGGCUAUCCCUUUCGAAACACGUCCAAGUAACAGUUUUAUCACUACCUAGGAGUAACCAAAUUGUAUUAUAGUCUGUAAAUACCUGAGAUCAAUGUAUGCUGUGUCGUCGUUUUUUAUAAUUAAUUCUUUUUUGUUUAUUUUUUAUAGAAAAAGAAAAAAGUUUCAUCACAUUCACGUUAUACUCUAUUAAGUUUGUUUUAUGCGAAUAAA